AUCAUCGCGUGGCACCUUGAAGAGACGCUGAGGCAGCUCUGCCGGGAAACCAGCGGCUACAGAAAGGGAAAACGGUCGCUGAGAGGCGCAGAAAUCCUCCAGUGAUGUAGAAAGUGGACUCAGUUGCUCUUUAAUGAAACAGCAGGACCCAUGACCCUGACACGAGGAUCCUUCACCUACUCCAACGGCGAGGAGUACCACGGCGAAUGGAAGGAAGGUCUGCGUCACGGCCUGGGUCAGCUGACCUUCAGCGACGGGACGUGCUACACGGGCCAGUUUGAGAACGGCCUCUUCAACGGCUGUGGGCUGCUGGUCUUCCCUGACGGCUCCAGAUAUGAAGGUGAAUUCAUGCAGGGGAAGUUCCAGGGUGUCGGCGUGUUCACUCGCUUCGACGGGAUGAGGUUUGAGGGCGAGUUUAAAAGCGGCUGCGUGGACGGGUUCGGACGGCUGACGUUUGUGGACGGCGGCGGCGGCGGCGGCCACGAGGGCCUGUUUGAGAGCAGCCAGCUGAUGAGGAGGGAGAGCAGCCAGGGAGCCGUGCAGAGGGCGCAGGCGGCGGCGGCCAAGGCUCGAGCUCUGGCCAUGUGAAGGGACUGCCCCCCCACAGUACCAGGUCCAGGUCCAGUACCAGGUCCUCCUCCCAGCAUCCUCUGCUUGCUUUGAACCGCUGACUUUUGUUUUACAAUGGAGGUCGAUUGAAGCGAUACAAAGCCACUGAUUCAGGAUCAGCUGAGCCAAUCCCAGAUUUACUGUUCAGUGAACACACCGGUGCUAAAUCUGCUUCAGGGUCGCAUCAUGUGACAAAACACACAGUUUGGACUUAAAAGUGCACAAGAACAUGUUUCAGUAAACACCGAUCCGCUAAAAUCCACACCACCUUUAAACUGGGCUAAACUACUUUGAUUAGUAUUUAAACAUUUGCAAUUUGAUAGAAAAUCCCCCAUUGAAUCCCUCAUUGUUUUAAUUAGGUCCAGCUUCAAUAUGCAAAGUAAUUAAAGUCAUACUCAAACUCAAACUAAA